UCCUCCAUACUUCAUCAUCCUCAUUUCCUCGUCUCUGCAGAUACUCUCUCUCUCGUCGGAGUUUUUCAUUUUCACCCUGCAGAGCUCGCGAUCUUAUUUGAACUCCUCGGAUCUUAAGAGAGAGAGAGAGAGAGAGAUGGCGUCGAGAAACUCCGUAGCCGGAUUCGCGUUAUUCACAUUUGUAUUCGCCGUCAUCUCGUCUCUCGCCGGCGCUCAAACCCUAGCUCCCGCUCCAGCUCCCACCAGUGACGGGACAUCGAUAGACCAAGGGAUUGCGUAUUUGCUAAUGGUGGUGGCCCUUGUCCUCACUUACCUUAUCCAUCCUCUCGAUGCUUCUUCUUCCCUCUCCUUCUUCUGAUUUUUCUUUUUUUUUUAUCCUUCUAGUAGUUUGUGGAUAACAUUCUCUUAAAGACUGAGUCUCUCAAGGCUAUUUAAUUUGCUCAUGAUUUGUGCUACUGUCAUGAUUCCUGGAGAUUGAAUCUUUCUCUAUUGUUUUCCAUCAAUCAUAUUGUUUGUUUGUUCA